AUGUCUGAAAAAUCUCCAUACAUCGUGCCUCUAGGAAGGCCAGAAGAAACAGUCACUCUUGCCGGUGUCCCGGGAAUCAUCGACAACCUCAAGCUCAUCACCAUCCGAUUUCUGGAAUUCAUGGCCUGCAGACCGGAUGGCGAUGAAAGCGAUGCGGCCAUAUUUACACCAGAGAUGCGCCAGGUUCCCCUCUUUGUGGUCAUGGAGACCAGAGCGAUUAUACCCCAAAUCAGAACCGUCGCCAACGAAGUCCGAGAGUGA